AUGACUUCUGAUUCAAUUAACAUCAUCGCUGUAGGUCAUGACCAAAACCAGAGUGUAUCUCUUGGUCAUAAACAGCCUCCCGGGAAGAAGUUACCUGUCCUGAUUCUCCUGACCUUUCUUCUGCCACUUGGAGCUGGUGCAGAGGAGAUCAUCGGGGGUCAUGAGGUCAAGCCCCACUCCCGCCCCUACAUGACAUUUAUUCUGACUGAGCAUGAAAAUGGGAAAAAGAAUUUCUGUGGAGGCUUCCUUGUGGAAGACAACUUCGUGCUGAUAGCUGCUCACUGCCUGGGAAGAUCAAUGAAAGUCACUUUGAGGGCCCACAACAUCAAGGCACAGGAGGAGACCCAGCAGAUCAUCCCUGUGGCAAAAGCCAUUCCACACCCUGACUAUAAUCCUCUGGACUUCUCCAAUGACAUUAUGUUCUUAAAGCUGCAGAGGAAGGCCAAGAUAACUAAAGCUGUGAAGACCCUCACGCUUCCAUGGAGCAAAGUCCACGUGAAGCCAGAGGAUGUGUACUCUGUGGAUGGCUGGGGAAAGACGGCCCUGGAGGGCGAAUACGCAAACACACUUCAAGAGGUGGAGCUGACCGUGCAGAAGGAUCAGGAGUGUGAGUCCCAAUAUCCAGCUUGUUACAAGGCCAUGGAGAUGUGUGUGGGGGACCCAUAG